ACUUGAACCACUCCCUUUUCACGUCCUAUUCUAACAGCAGUGGAGGAGAGUGAAAAUCCCAAUUCUCAAUGGCGACUAACGUGUUUGUUUGUAAUUCGUUCGAGUUGCUCAUUCCCAAAAGCUUUACUUUCUCACUCCCUUUACUCCCUAUUGCACAGCAGGUACCCGUCUCCGCCUCACCACCACGCCGCCGGCGCCGGAAAUCCACCAUUGUUUCUAGUAUGGCUCAGUCCAGUCAGAACCCAGUGGUUCUGCAGAAGAGAGUCGUAAUUCCAAACAAGCAUGGUGAGAAGCUGGUGGGAGUGUUGCAUGAUUCUGGGUCCAAGGAAAUUGUUGUCUUGUGCCAUGGUUUUAAAUCUUCCAAGGACAACACAACCAUGCCAAACCUUGCUAAUGCAUUGGAAAAAGAAGGAAUCACAUCGUUCCGAUUUGACUUUUCUGGCAAUGGGGAAAGUGAAGGCACAUUUGCUUAUGGUAACUAUGGGAGAGAAGCUGAUGAUCUGCGCUCUGUAGUCGAACACUUUGCAGGAGAGAACCGAGUUGUUAGUGUGAUUCUUGGCCAUAGUAAAGGAGGGAAUGUAGUGCUCCUAUAUGCUUCAAAAUUCCACGAUAUCAGGAACGUUGUAAAUGUUUCUGGUCGCUAUGAUCUGACGAGAGGCAUUGAGGAGCGCCUUGGGAAGGACUUUCUGGAAAGCAUCAAGAAAGAAGGGUUCAUUGAUGUAAAGAAUGAAGCAGGAGAAGUCAAGUAUCGUGUUGCCGAAGAGGAUUUGAUGGAUAGACUGAAUACUGAUAUGCACAAGGCAUGCCAGCAAAUUAAUGAAGAUUGCAGUGUGUUCACCAUCCAUGGAUCUGCCGACGAGGUUAUCCCAGUUGAAGAUGCAUGGGAAUUUGCAAAGAUCAUACCAAACCACAGUCUACGCAUCAUCGGAGGAGCUGAUCAUCGAUACAGUUCUCAUCAGACUGAGCUAGCAUCCGUCUUGUUGGAGUUCAUAAAAUCAAGACUGCAGCAGCAGGACAAGUGCUCCACUUCCUAGCCCCUUCAUCAAUUUGUAGCAACUGAUAUUUUGCUAUUAUCUCAUCAAACAUUAUAACAUUACCUCUAUUCUCUAUGCAUCAAAUUGGGCAAUUGGCAGAGAAAUGCAUUAUUCAGUUCUGCUGAGGAAUUCGCUGGCAACUGCCGAGACUUCCCAGUGUGACCUUGUAGAGCUUAAUGAAUGGUAACAAGUUUUUCUUCUUUCAGAAGAGCAAAACAAGGUUUCCAGGGUUUGAGAGUGGUAACCUAGUAGCAAUUGUAUCUUAUCUUUGCCUCUCGUUCUAGUAC